UGUCCAGUCUCCCUGUGCUGGGUCGCUGCUGCUGGCUGAGUUGCCCCACGAGGCCGAGAAGCAUCCCAGCGUUCGGGUGUCCGCGAUGCUGCUCUGGAUACUCCUAUUACAUCUGAUGGGGCUCCCCACGCAGCUUUCAGGGAGCCCCCUGGCGGUUUCGGAGCCGCUUCCCGAAGUCUUGAAACUCGACCUGCGCACGGAAGUCAAGGUGCAGGAGGUGAGCCCGGCUUUCCUCUCCAUUACCAUCGAUGCCAACCUGGCUACCGACCCCAGAUAUAUCACCUUCUUGGGUUCCCAAAGGCUUCGAACCUUAGCCAGUGGCUUAUCUCCUGCCUACUUGAGAUUUGGUGGCACCAAGACUGACUUCAUGAUCUUUGACCCAAAGAAGGAAUCAACCUUUGAGGAAAGCAGUUACUGGGAAUCUCAAGUCAACCCAGAUUCUUGUAAUUUGGGUCCUAUCCCUCGCGAGGUGAAGGAGCGGUUACAAUUGGAGUGGCCCGUUCAGGAAGUGCGACUCCUCAAAGAACAACAUGAGAACAAACACAACAAUGGCACCUUCACAAAAAGCACAGUGGAUAUGCUGUACAGUUUUGCCCAGUGUUCGGGGUUGGACCUGAUCUUUAGCAUCAAUGCCUUACUAAGGAAAAGUAAUUUGCAGUGGGACAGCUCAAAUGCCAAGUUGUUCUUGGAUUACUGUACCUCUAAGAAGUAUAACAUGUCCUGGGAACUUGGCAAUGAACCGAACAGUUUUAAGAAGAAGUCUGGCAUUUAUAUUGAAGGAUCCCAACUAGGAAAAGACUUUAUUAAAUUGCAUUCACUUCUAAAAACAUAUGAUUUAAAAAACGCAAAACUUUUUGGACCUGAUAUUGGUCAACUAAGGAAGAAGAGUGGGGACCUUCUAAGGAGCUUCCUGAAUGUCGGAGGAGGAGUGAUCGAUGCAAUCACAUGGCAUCACUACUAUCUGAACGGAAGAAAUGCUACUGAAGAAGAUUUUUUAAAUCCCAAAGUGUUGGAUUCAUUUAUUUUCUCAGCACAAAAAGUUUUUCAGGUCGUGAAUGAAACCAGACCCGGCAAGAAAGUCUGGUUGGGAGAAACAAGCUCGGCUUUUGGCGGGGGGGCUCCCAAGCUGUCUGACACGUACGCUGCCGGCUUUCUGUGGUUGGACAAACUAGGCCUGUCAGCUAAAAUGGGUAUUGAAGUGGUAAUGAGACAAGUGUUCUUUGGAGUUGGAAGUUAUCAUUUAGUAGAUGAGAACUUCGAUCCUUUGCCUGAUUAUUGGCUCUCUCUUGUGUUCAAGCAACUGGUUGGCACCAAGGUGCUAACAGCUAGUGUGAAGAGUCCAGACAAGAAGAAACUUCGGCUGUACCUUCAUUGUACCAACAACAAGAACCCAAAGUACAAAGAAGGAGAUUUAACUUUGUAUGCUCUAAAUCUACAUAAUGACACCAAAUAUCUACAGUUACCCCCUCAUUUAAAAGAUAAACGCGUGGAAAAAUACAUCUUCCAACCUUCUGGAUACAAAAAUCUACUUUCACAAUCUGUGAAACUGAAUGGCCAUAUUCUCAAGAUGGUGGAUGACAAAAUACUGCCAGAAUUAAUUGGCAAGCCCCUCUGCCUUGGUUGCACAUUGACUUUGCCACCUUUGUCCUAUGGAUUUUUUGUUAUAAGAAAUGCCAAGGUUGCUGCUUGUAUCUAAAAGGUGUGAUGGCUAACCAGUUUAGUCCUGUGGAUGAAGUUCAGGAAUGAUAAUAGAAAUGAAGUACAACUUGAAGCUUUAUGAGGUCAAACAAAUAUCACAUAUCAGCGAAUGAAAGCUCCCAAGAGACUAGGACGCUGUCCAAGUGAAUGCAUACCAAAAAGGGAUUUCAACUCUAAAAGCUACAAAGAGCCUAAUUUUUAUAUAUGAGUGCUUUUAUAUUUUCAUAUUUUUAAUAAAUUUAUUUA